UGCCGUUGGGAUUAUUACUGAUUAGCGUAACGUUCAAAAGGUUUCUCUGUUCAAUAAAAUGCUCAAAAAGCUACUGCUCUUUUUCUUCUGCAACGUCGUCUUCUUCCUCUCUCUCUCCAACUCCCCUUUCUUUAACGCCCAGUUUGCUAAUUUCCGGCUAUAACUUUUUAACAACUUCUCGUUGUUGUUGCUUCUCUCAUUUUCCAUCACUUUCCUGAGAAAACCCACCAGAAAAGGGAGUGAGAAACAGAGAUGUUGAAUAGAUUGAAUGGUGCUGUUUGGUUGGAUGGAAAUGAAGCUAACCAAGAGGCGCCAUCGUGGAGUAGAAACCAUAUUCCGACUGUCAACAACAACUAUGGUGUGACAGAGAGCAGAGACGAGAUGGGUUCUCUUGGUAGUUUCAAAUCUAUGAUGGAAGUCCAAGAUCAUGAGUGGUUUAUGAAUGGCAAUAAUGAUAUUCAGAACCAUCAAGAUACUAGAGAAAUUGCAUUUCCAUCGAAUCUAGGUGAGCCAGAGAAUUUAUUCCUACCCCCUAUUUCCUCUUCGUCGUCUUGUUCACCAUCCACGAACCCGGUCUUCCAUACUCUAGACCCAUCUCAGUUAUCUUUCUUUAUGCCACAAAAAACCUCCCUAUCUUCGCUACUGAACGUAGAGCCUGACAACCAGCUGGAAAGCGGAUUUGAUUUUGGUGAAACUGGUUUUCUUGAAAACCAAGUAACAACAAACAACUCUGCAUUUCUAAGCAGGGAAAAUGGGAUUUCGGGAAGCUACAAUGAUUUGAGCACCAACAACAAUCAGAUCGGCAAUCCUAUUUUAUGCGCUGAUCCUCAAUUCACUUGUAUUCGUAGACUUCAAUCGCCAGAAAACGGAGCUGGAUUUGGUGGGUUUCGGGGUUUUGAGGAGAAUUCCGGUAAUAAUACUCCGUUUCUUAAUAGGUCUAAGAUGUUGAGGCCCCUAGAAACUUUACCUUCAGUGGGUGCACAACCCACGCUUUUCCAGAAAAGAGCGGCUCUAAGGAUGAACUUGGUGGAUAAUAGGGGCAGGAUGGGGGUUUUAGGUGGGGUUGACGGAGAUAAGGGAAAGAACGAAGUGAGUGAAGACGGUGAGAAUAAGAGAAAACUGAGUAGUGGAGAUGAUUUCGAGGAAGUGAGCAUUGAUAGGUCGGGUUUAAAUUAUGAUUCAGAUGAUUUCACAGAGAAUAAUAGAAUGGAGGAGAUGGGAAAGAAUGGUGGGACUAGUUCGAAUGCAAAUAGUACGGUUACAGGUGGUGGUGGUGGUGGGACUGGUGCUAAUCAGAAGGGAAAGAAGAAGGGGCUUCCCGCCAAGAAUUUGAUGGCAGAGAGACGCCGCCGGAAGAAGCUCAAUGAUAGGCUCUACUUGCUGCGGUCCGUUGUACCUCGGAUUAGCAAAAUGGAUAGGGCAUCAAUUCUUGGGGAUGCAAUUGACUACUUGAAGGAACUACUGAACAGAAUCGAUGAACUCAAUAAAGAACUUGAGUCAACUCCUCCUGGAUCUUCAAUGACAACUAGCACAAGCUUUCACCCUUUGACACCCACUCAAACAACCCUGCCUGGCCGUAUCAGGAAUGAACUUUGCUCUAGCUCACUGCCAAGUCCAAAUGGUCAAGCUGCAAGGGUUGAAGUACGAGCAAGGGAGGGAAGGGCUGUAAACAUCCAUAUGUUUUGUGGCCGAAGACCUGGUCUUUUGCUCUCCACAAUGAGGGCUUUGGAUGGUAUGGGGCUGGACAUCCAGCAAGCCGUGAUCAGCUGUUUCAAUGGUUUUGUGAUGGACAUCUUCCGUGCUGAGCAAUGUAGAGAGGGUCAGGAAGUCCUUCCGGAGCAAAUUAGGGCGGUUCUUAUGGAUUCUGCUGGCAUCCAUGGAGUGAUGUAGUUCUUAACCAACUUCUUAGAAGACGAUUGGAAACUGUUGUUUGUCAGAUCAGAUCUUGAAUGCAAUUUUCAAACAAAAAUCUUUUGAAGAGCUGAAGUUUCUAUAUUUUGCUAGUCUGUUGCCAAUAUCCUUGAUGACAAAGGACCUCUCUUCUGCUUCUUUUGUUUUUGUAAACAUUGGGUGAUUGCUGAACUAUUUUUGCGAUUUAUUUUUCAAUGAAGUUGAUAUUUUACCAAAUACAUUCAUGACGUCCUUAUGUGGGAAUGUAUUGAUUUCUCAUAUAUUAGCCGCUGCCUGCAAUCUCAGAAUUUAUGUGCGAACAGUCAUAAAAGUUGAAUCCUUAUCACGGUCGUGUGGAGGGAUUUAUCAAGGCUGUGUGGAGGGAUUUAAGCGCUCCGCAAUUCCUUAAAAUCUAUAAAAUUACCUUUGAAUGGGUGAUUCGAGUUUAGAAUGGUGGGUGGGUGAUCCGUUCUCCAUAUACCCUGCAUUUCUAAAAUACGAGUUGGAAUUUGGAAUGCAUUCCCUCCAUUGACUGGCUGAGGCCCAUCCAGUUAUUCCAUGGGCUUAUAUUCACUCAAACUUACUCGUAUAGCAAAGUCCAGACAGACGAACGUAGUAAGCUUGGGAAGCAUAGAGGGAAACAAAUCUCACACUUCCAACGCCAAUGUAUGAUAUGUAGCCUGAUAGAACUAUACUCAUAUAGUGGAUGAGAUGGCAAAAAUAAAACACGUUAUCCCCACCCCAUAUGCCCAAGUUCCGCAAACACUUGGUCACACAUUUGCAAUCUGAAUUCAUGCAAUAACGUAACGUAGGGUACAAUAUGAUUUCCCACAAGCACGUCACAAGAAUCAGUAGAAAGUAGGGUAACAGGUCCAUGUGCAGACCAUGCCUCCAAGACACAUUUUCCUACCAGACAGACGAGACGACCAUAAGCUUUUCAGUAUAUUGACAUAUAGAAUAAGAGGCAGGAAGACUCAACUCCCAGCAUAAAUGCCAAGGAAGAUGAAACUAUGGAAAAACAACAUAAUUAGACCACCUCUUUAACCAAGAACCUAUCGGAUAAUGUAUUAAAUUACUUACAACGUUGGAGAAUGGGUGUCUAAAGACAGCUAUGUACAAGGCGUGGAUUCCUUUGAGAAACAAGGCCCCCCAUGUCUUGUAAAACAUAUAUG